AUGCUUUUAAGCAAUCAACCGGCAAACACAAAGCCACAGCAGCCGUCGCCGACAACGCCACAAAGCUUCAAAUCGAAGCUACAGCAACAAAUAGCAACAGCAGCAGCUGCCGCAACAGCAACAACAGCAACAACAAAUAUUGCCAACGGCCACAACAGCAACAACAACAAUCAUCAUCAUCUGAAUAACCAUCAUCAUCAGCUUCACCAUCAUCAGCAUAAUAUUUCCUUUGCCACGGAUUUCUCAAUUGCCGCGAUUAUGGCGCGAGGCGGAAACGCCUCAAGCAGCCGGGAACCAUCCGAAAGGAGUUUGAGUCCCUUGUCUGUGGAGCGUUAUUCAACGCAAGAUGCGGACGAUGAUGUUGACGUUGAUGUUGUCGACUGCAGCGACUCGGAAACGCCAUCAGCGGCAGCGGCAGCGGCAGCAACAGCCGCAGCAGCAGCAGCAGCUCAGCAACAUGCACGUCAUGCAUUGCGUGCUGCACAGCAACAACAACAGCAACAGCAGAGACAGCAGCAACAGACACAUGCCCAUCAUCAUGCAACGUCAAACAAGCAACGCCAACAACACAAUCAACAUCACAACAACAAUCACAGCAACAACAGCAACCACAACCACAACCACAACAACAACAACCACAGCAAUCACAGCAAAUCAAGCAGCCAUAGAGGGCGUGGCACGGCCACACCAAGUGCGGCUGGAGCUGCAACUGGAUCUGUUGCUGCUGGCACGCCCUCACCGCCCCCAGGAGGCGGUGGUGGUGGUGGUGUUGCAGGUGGUGGUGGUGGCACCAACAGCCCCAACUCGUUGCAUGCCGAAGACGAGCGCCUGUCGCCCGAGGAGCCAGCGCAGCUGCCCACGCCCAAAAUUCUUGGCUCUUGCAAUUGCGAUGAUCUCAUGUCGGUGCAAUGCCAUCUGGAGACAAAGGAGCUGUGGGAUAAGUUCCAUGAGCUGGGCACCGAAAUGAUCAUCACCAAAACGGGCAGGCGCAUGUUCCCCACGGUGCGUGUUAGUUUCUCGGGUCCGUUACGCCAGAUACAACCCCCGGAUCGUUAUGCCGUUUUGCUGGAUAUUGUACCGUUGGAUUCGAGACGCUAUCGCUACGCGUAUCAUCGCAGUUCUUGGCUGGUGGCUGGAAAAGCGGAUCCACCGCCUCCGGCUCGUAUCUAUGCACAUCCCGAUAGUCCCAUUAGUCCGGAGGCGUUGCGCAAACAAGUUGUCUCCUUCGAGAAGGUGAAGUUGACAAACAACGAAAUGGAUAAAAGCGGACAGGUCGUGCUAAAUUCUAUGCAUCGGUAUCAGCCACGCAUUCAUCUAGUGCGGUUAAGCCAUGGCCAGAGCAUACCCGGCAAUCCCAAGGAGUUGCAGGAUAUGGAUCAUAAAACCUUCGUAUUCCCAGAGACGGUAUUCACAGCCGUGACGGCCUAUCAGAAUCAAUUGAUUACAAAAUUGAAAAUCGAUUCGAAUCCGUUUGCAAAAGGAUUUCGCGAUUCGUCGCGUCUGACUGACUUUGAUAGGGAUCCCAUGGAUUCAUUCUUUUUCGAUCAACAUAUGCGAGCUACACCGUUGCGCUUCUUUCCGGAUCCGUUGAUGUCGCAACUAACGCCACAGGAGGCAGAUGCCGCCUCGUUGGCGCUCUUGGAGAAGGCACGUCAGCAUUUGCAAAUGUUUGGCCGUUCGCCGUAUACGGAAAUGUUGCUGCCACAUUUGUAUCAACGUGCCGCACCGCCAGCACCACCGCCGCCCUCGGCACUGGGCGCCUUUCAACUGGGCAUGUGGCAGCAACAGUGGCCACAAUUGACCGCCGGUUUCUUGGCCAGCGCCAAUCAGCAAGCGGCUUUCGCUGCUGCUGCCGCUGCCGCAGCUGGCGCCAGUCGCACGCCACCACCCACAAUAGGAGGAGGAGGAAGUGGUGGUGUGGCACCGCCUGCACCUGCCACGCCCACAUCAUCGUGCGGUUCGGCGUCUCCAGAUUUGCGGAUCAAAUCACAGCUGGGACAUUAUCCGCAACGUUUCAGUCCCUAUCAGGUGCCACAGCAUCCGCAGUCUGCCUCAUCCCCGGCGCCAUCGACGAGAGCCGACAGCCCCUAAGUGGUGCAAGUGGUGCAACUGUUGCAGGUGGUGCUGGUGGCUACAAAGCCACAUGAAAUGUAUGUGCAAUGCCCGAAAGUGUUUGUAAAUAACCCUCGAACCUACAUCCCCAAAUUCACAAAGCUGUGUAGCUAAGCAUGUUGCAGCAACAUGUUGCUAACAUUCAACUUAGUAGGUCGUUUAUGCGUAGCAAACUUAACGAGAUAAGAAAUAAGCAUGAAUCAAAAAUGUAAAUUUGGCAUCAGCUUAAGAAAUAUUACAAAUAAAAAUACUGACAUCAUGAUAUUAAGUCAUUGUGAUAAUCAAAUUUUAUCAUACGUAUUUGUUAU